AUGCCACAACAAGACAACCUGUCAGAUUCCAACAGCACAGGCUCUGAUCCAUCAGUGUUCUUCCUGACAGGCAUCCCGGGGCUGGAAUCUCUGCACCUCUGGAUCUCCAUCCCCUUCUCCUCAGUGUUCACCGUGGCCCUUCUAGGAAACUGCACCCUCUUGUAUGUUAUCAAGACAGAGCCCUCCCUACACAAGCCCAUGUUCUAUUUCCUCACCAUGCUGGCCGUCAUCGACCUGGUUUUAUCCACAGCCACCGUGCCGAAAAUACUGAGCAUCUUCUGGUUUAAUUCCAGGGAGAUCAGCUUAAACGGCUGCCUGGUGCAGAUGUUUUUCCUUCACUCGUUCUCCAUCAUGCAGACUGCUCUGCUGCUGGCCAUGGCCUUUGACAGGUACGUGGCCAUCUGCGACCCCCUGCGGUAUGCCACCAUCCUGACCAACUCAGUGAUAGCAAAGAUCGGGCUGGCGGCUUUGGCCCGGGCUGUUCUCCUAGUGCUCCCUCUGCCCUUCGUCCUCAGGAGGCUGCCCUACUGCAGGUCACACAUCAUCUCCCAUUGCUACUGUGAGCACAUGGCCGUGGUCAAUCUGGCCUGUGCUGACACAAGGUUUAAUAACAUCUAUGGGAUCAUUGUUGCUUUCUUCAUUGUGGGGCUGGAUCUGAUGUUCAUCUCCCUAUCGUAUGUCAAGAUCCUAAGGGCUGUCUUAAGCCUGGCAUCCAAGGAAGAGAAACUCAAGGCUUUUAGCACCUGUGUUGCCCACCUUUGGGCCAUCUUAGUGGCCUACACACCAGUGGUUCUCUCCUCAAUAAUUUACAGGUUCGGCCACCCAGUCCCCCCACACGUACACAUCCUGCUGGCCAAUUUCUACCUCCUCUUUCCUCCCAUGAUGAACCCCAUCGUGUACGGUGUGAAAACCAAACAGAUUCGUGACCGGGUGCUUCUCCUCCUCACAGGAACAAAGGACGCUGGCCUAGGCAGCAACAAAUGAUCUGCUGGACUCAUGAGUGAGUCACCCCCAUUCCUUUGGUGAGUUUGGGACUACGAUGAGAUAAUGCUCACCAGACUCUGAAGGGGGGGGGCAAAGCCAAGAGGGAAGAAAGAACAUGAUAAAAGGGAGAGACGUUUGCCAUGCUCUUCCUCUCUCUUCCACCUCCAUCUACAGACACCACCACUAAGUGACUGAAGCGCUGAUCAAAGGGGAGAGCCUGGCUGAAGGGCAACCAGCCAGCCUGG